AUGGCAAUUAAUAAUUUAGGUGACUAAUUUGUAUCUUGUUCAAAGGAAAAAUUAAUUAUAGUAAUGAGACCUGAUCAAUAAUUUUAAUGGUCUGUUAAAUAACGAAUAAAAUUUCCUUAAGAAGUUUUUCGAUUGUGUUUUAUUACAAAUGAUCUAUUGGCUAUCUUACCACAUAUGGGAACUUAACUUCACUUUUUCGCUUAAAAUGAACAUUAGCACUUUGUUAAAUCAUUAGACCAUUUAAAUUUAGCAACACCUGGUGAAUAAUGUUUUCCCCUAUUCCCACCUUGCUAUUCUCCUAUCACAGAGACACUUAUAAUAAAAAAUGGAAACAAAGUCAAUGUAGUAAAAUUUUCAUUCCUAAAGUCCAAAGAAGGAGUCUAGAUUAGGGAAAGUGAAGGAGGAUGGACUUGCAAAUUAGAACAAGUAAUUGAAUAUGUAGAUUAUUUUCUUUUUGGCUCAAUGAGUAAAGACGGAGAAUAUCUUGUAUCGUACUUAUUCGAUUAAUUAUCAAUUCAAAUUAGAAAAUACACAAUGUAAGAAUGA